AUUUGUCAUGGUAGACAUAACCUACGUUAAUACUUUAAUAGUUCCGUCGUUGUACAUUAUCUUAAAUUUGAUCGCUAUAGAGUAUAGACCCACGAGCGUCGCACGCCUAUAUAUAUAUAUUAUACGCCAUGCGGAUUGAAACUUGGAAUGAUCAAUGGUCGUGUUUGUUAAUGCGUAUUUUUACAACAGUCAACAACUAAUUUAUAUUUUCUUAUAAUUUUUCGAACAAUUGAAACGCGUUUAAACAUAGUUCGAAUACUAAAAUCCAGAUAAAUUUCUAAUUUCGUAUUAAUUAAACUCAAAAUCAUUUUGCGUAUAAUACCGACCACGGAAAAGAACAUUGAAAAAAAAUGAAGUAUUUAACCUAUUUUGCAACUUGUCAUUGUUUUGCACUAGUAGUAAGUUUUGAUGUCUUUGAUCAUAUAUCUUCAGCGUUUAAUGCAAUUGGUAACGAAUUUUCCAAAGUACCCAACGCCGUGAACACUGGGAUCGAUGUAAUAGGUAACGAAUUUUCCAAAGUACCCAACGCCGUGAACAUUGGCAUCGAUGCAGUCGGCCACGAAUUUUCCAAAGUACCCAACGCCGUGAACACUGGGAUCGAUGUAAUAGGUAACGAAUUUUCCAAAGUACCCAACGCCGUGAACAUUGGCAUCGAUGCAGUCGGCCACGAAUUUUCCAAAGUACCACCCAACGCCGUGAACAUUGGCAUCGACGCAGUCGGCCACGAAAUUUCCAAAGUACCAAAAUUGUUAUCCGACGUAGGUUGUAGCGAUAUUGUUACCGGUAUAGUCAUUAGUCUACUCAUCAAAUGCAACCCACACGCGUUUAUUUCCGACACACUAGACACCGAAGAUGUAAUAAUGAUGAAUACUUGUAAAUCGAUCGAAAUCGCGUCUUUCGCGUUACCGUUAGUCGCCGAUCUAGCGACAUUGCCCGUACAAGUAAUCUGCACUAUGUGGGUUGAAGAUCGUUUAGAUGCAUACUCGCAUUUAAAAGGUAUCGAUGUGCAAACAGGACCUUUCGGGACCAAUGUCAUAGACAAUGAUGAAUUGUUUUAUAAUUUAUCGAAACUUAACGAUCAAUAUUGUAAUAACGAUUGCCACUUGGAUGAUUACGAAUUUAUCAAACCGGACGAACGAAACGAACCUACUGCAGACACUACAUCGUCGCCCGCUGACGACGUUGGUGCCAGAUUUAAACGAGGCAUUUUUGGUAAAAUGCUAUCGAUACCGACCAAGGAUAUUGCAAAAAAGUUUGUCAUAAAAACCGCACCUACAUUUUUGAUGAAAAAUGGCGCACCGUCGUCGUUGGCGUUUCGAGGUCUACGAGGUUCGGUUAGUAUUAAAAGGACGACAAAAAUCUCUACUAUGAUUUUGAAUAUUAGAGAAAACAGACUUGGUAAAAUCAAGAAUGUUUACGAUAUAUUUGUACUAACUAAAACUGUUCCGACCACGUUCACAAAAAAGUAUUACGUUAACAACCCUCGUCAUUUUGGGAGAGCAGCCGCCAAGAACUUUCAACGUGAACUCAUGAAUAAGGAAUGGAAGUUAUUGCACUUGCAUUGACGAAACACACUGAUACACGAAUAAGUUUAUUAUUAUUAUUUAUCACGUUAUAAUUAGUAUAAAUUCUAUGUAAAUAUAUAGCUUGAGCUGUAUUUUUCAGUGCCAAUUGUUAUGAUGUCUAGAUAUGGUAGAACAGAAUAUAAUAUUUCUAUUAUUCUAAAUAAUAAUAAUAAUAGGUAUAUUUAUUUGUGGUAACUGUGGUUAAAAACGUAAUAUUACGAAUAAACCAUAUUGUGAUACACAUACCUACCUUUGUGAAACUUUCUUUUGAUUUUAUUUUCUGUUUAUAAUAAAAUGAGUAUAUUAUACCAUCCAGGUGUUAUAUCCAAAUUUCAUACUUGGACACCACGAUAACUAUAUAAUUAUUUUAAAAAAAUAUAACGUAAGUAUAUGAAAAUUCUUAUGACUUUUUUCGUAUAGUGUGUGGUAAAUAUUAAGUAGAUAUACUAUAUUAUAAAGUUACAACAAGAUUUUGCGUAAAAAUUU